AUGACCUGUCGCUCAUGGACUAUCAGUGAAUUGCGGGCCGUAGUCGGCGGCCAAAUAUCGUUGCCGUGUAAUACCAGUCUAUGGAUUGAAGAUGACGUAUCCCUAUUGGUCUGGUAUAAGGGUUCAACUGGUAUACCCAUCUACAGUGUCGAUGCCCGUACCAGUCGACUGGCCAACUCUAAGCAAGUACCCGGCGAUCAGUUGGCCGGUCGGGCCGUAAUGGAUAUGUCCAGACAGCCGCCAUCGUUAACAUUGGAUCCGGUAGUCGAGUCCGAUGAAGAUGAAUAUCAGUGUCGUGUCGACUAUCGUAAACAUAGGACCCAACAGUUUCUGUUUCAUCUGAAUGUUACCGUUCCGCCAAAACAAGUCAUCAUUAAAGACAUGGACGGAAAUAGGCUCCGGGAUGUGAUCGGACCCUACGAUGAGGGCCAGAGUCUUACGAUUGUUUGCGAAGCUUAUGGAGGGAGACCAUUGCCAUCAUUGAAAUGGUUUGGCACUAAUGGCGUCCAAUUAGACGAUACGUCGGCUGUCGGUGUUUUAUCAACGGAUCAGUUGCAGACAUAUGUGAAAAAUGAGUUACAUUUACCAAAGCUAUCCAGGGAUCAGUUGCUGAUGGAAUUGGUAUGUCUGGCCAGUCAGGGACAGUAUGAUGAUGUCGGUGGUGGUGGUGGUGGCAAACAUUUACCGGCCAACCCAACCAACAACAAUACCAGUGCCACCAAUAUUGCCACUAACAGAGCAUCUGUUAAAUUAGAGCUAAAUUUAAAACCAUUAGAAGUAACAAUCAUUACACCGAAUAAGCCGCUAUCGGCCGGUAUUCGUACGGAAAUCAAGUGUCGGGCCAGCGGUUCCCGACCCGUACCGCAAAUAUUCUGGUUUAAAGGCCAGAAAAAGAUGCCCGAAGUCCGCGAUUCGGUGGCCAACGACGGCAAUGCAACGAUCAGUACCUUGUCGUUCAUACCGGCCAUCGAAGACAAUGGCCAACAGUUGUGCUGUCGGGCAGACAAUCAUCAGAUGACUGACGAAGAAAUUGAAACCAAUCGGAUAUUAACCGUUCAUUAUGUGCCUCAAGUGACACUGGCUAUGGGUGCCAACAUUGGCAGCCAAAUACGUGAGGGCAGUGACGUCUACUUUGAGUGUACGGUCCGAUCAAACCCGUGGGUCAUCGAUGUUGGCUGGCUUUUCGAGGGUCGGCCACUCUAUAGCGAUACCGCAAACGGUAUUAUUGUUAGCAAUCAGUCCCUAGUUUUGCAAAAAGUCAAACGUGAACACCGGGGCCGCUAUCAGUGUACGGCUACCAAUGUCGAGGGACAGUCGGCCAGUAAUAAACUGUUUCUGAAAGUCAACUUUGCACCGGUAUGCAAACCAGGACAGACCCUAAUCUAUGGUGUGGCCCGUAACGAAAAAGUCAACAUCACCUGUCAAGUUGAUGCCGAACCCGACAUUGAUCUGGGAUUUCGAUGGCUGUUCAACAAUUCAGUGGAUAAAUUUGAACUGAAAGACUACCGGAUAAACGGGUCGCACAGUGUGGCCGCUUAUGUACCGCACGGUCGGGCCAACUACGGUACCGUCUAUUGUUGGGCAUCCAAUCAGAUUGGCAAACAAAAAGAGCCCUGCGCCUACAAUAUAGUGGCUGCCGGUCCUCCAAAUCCAGUUAACGACUGUUAUGUAACAAAUGUGACACUCAGUACACUACUCGUACAUUGCGAACCGGGAGAUAAUGGUGGCCUACGGCAAACAUUUCACCUACAAGUCUACAAUAACGACAGACGCCAAUUGCACACCAAUUUGACAGCCUAUGACCUGCCAGUGUUCAACAUCAGAGACCUGCCGCCGGCCACCGGGUUUACACUCAACGUCUAUGCCUUCAAUUCAAAGGGCAAAAGCGAUUCAAUUGCCAUCAAUGCCCGGACCGCUCAACUGCCCGAACGACACGCCAGGAAAGACGGCUCUAACGAUGUGCCUCUCAGUCCGAUUGUCGGUGUCCUCAUCGGUAUCAUUGCAUCGGUUAUUAUAAUAUGUUUAAUAACUGUAUUCAUAAUUAGAUGUAAAGUCAAUAGAAAUAAUCAAUAUAAAGAGGAAACUGAAUUAAAUUCAAAAUAUCUGACAACAACUUCUUGUGAACCGAAGAUUUCCGGAGAAUUCAAAGAUUCAAACAAUUCAAGUCAUAUGAACCUAAUAUACGACAACAAAUCAGACACUUUUGGUUUUACAGACAUAACACUUGAUGGCAAGUCUUCAUUUGCCAAUUCAAUGACAACAACAACGACAGCGACGACAACAACAAUAGAUAAUCAGAUCCACAAUACAUGUCAGCUAUUAGCUGAUCAUCAGUCGACUGGAUUCAUGCCAUCCGUUUUCUAUAAGAGUCGGGGUCCGGACGUUACAUACGCCGAACUAUCGAUAGUGUGUCCAAUGGUCGCCAAUACGGCAAAUGAACGGCUAAUGGGCUGCCGAUCGUCACAUUCGCAUCAGUUAGUCGGCUGUGGCGUCGGCGGCCUCGGCAUCGGUACUGGCACUCAGUACGCCCUAAUAGAUGCCUCAGCAGCAGCAGAUGCCUGUCCAUCACUACCACCUAAUAGUAUGGCGACUGUCCGUUGUUGUAGUCCAUCCAUUAGUUCCCACCAAUCGAUACCUGACGGCUGUUCUGAAUCGGAGAUAACUUUGGAGACACCGCUAGUUAAUAGUGUUAGACAUAAGUUUUAUACACAUGAGACCUCAAAUCCAGAUAAAAGUGCGACUCAUGUCUAAUCAAACAACAAAAACAAAACAAUUGAAUUGAAUUGAAACACUUGAUGAAUAAAAUAUGGACUGAAAAUACAUGUAUUUUUUGUUUGGUUUGUUGACCACUAAUAGUAUGGAUGAUAAUAACGAAGAUCGACAACAAUUGAUAAUAUUUG